AUAACACUCCUCGAAUAAACCUCACCCUCCAUCUCCCUUACCCACUUCGCGAGAAAAUCUUUUUAUUACAGUAGCUGUAUCGAGAUCCAUUCAUCGUUGACUCAACUCAACUUUGAUGGUCGUCACGCGAUUCAACAUGAGCAGCACCUUGGACAAUUCGUCCGACAUGGAAGCUGCAAAGCUUCGGCUACGUACUUCGUUGAAUUCACCUACGACGACAUCUACUGGCGGAUCCGGCACGCAAUCCGCUCAAGACACCGUUCGCACGCUGAAUGCCUCAGAAGCUCAAGCUGACAAGGCAGAGAAGGACAGGAAGACAUAUGGCAGAACUCCUGAUGGCACUGUCUUCGUCGUACCUCACACCGAGGACAUGGUGUCUCAGCUUUUCGACCCGACCAAGCCCAAGGUUGCUUUGGAUUUGAUCGUCGUGGUCGCGCUCGGAUCUUUGAUUCUGCUGUUCUACAUUUUGCCCAAGAGCUUCCGAGUGCCUGUCUUCGCCGUCACAUUUCUCUUCUGGCGGAUGUGCUACAAUUUCGGCAUCGGGUGGCUCCUCCACAAUCAGUCCCACCACAAGCGCCUCGUGAACUGGGCCAAGAAAUUGAAAAUCUUUGAGCACCCGGAUCGAGGCGGGAAUGCUUAUCCAGCCCUAUUCAAGUUCCUGAAACGGGACAUGGAGACCAUGAUCAAGAAAGACUACGUCUUCGAGGACGCACCCGUCGAGUACAACACGUGGUUGAUCUUCCGCCGCGUCGUAGACCUGAUUCUGAUGUCCGAUUUUACCUCGUAUUGCCUCUUUGCCAUCGCUAACACUCAUAUCCCUGCAAAAGAACACAUUCUCAUGACUUUUGCGCGCUUCAUCGGCGGUAUUGCCUUGGUUCUCUUCAAUCUCUGGGUCAAAUUGGAUGCGCACCGAGUCGUCAAAGACUACGCGUGGUUCUGGGGCGAUUUCUUUUUUCUUGUUGACCAAGAGCUGACAUUCGAUGGUGUGUUCAUGAUGUGCCCUCACCCAAUGUACUCGAUCGGAUAUGUGGGCUUUUAUGGCAUCGCGCUCAUGGCGGCCAGCUAUAAUGUCCUCUUUGUCUCGAUCAUCGCACACGCAGCCCAAUUGACCUUCCUGACUAUCGUCGAGAAUCCGCAUAUCGAUCGCACCUACAAUGCACCGCCGCCCAAGAAGCGCCUCGAACGAGCUCCUGACUCGCCUCCAGCCAGCUUGAAAGACCACCAUCGGCGGACCAGUGUUGCAGGACACGUCAACGACUAUCCUCCCUUGGCAACCAGCACGCAACCUUCGCCCGUACACAACAUCAUCGGCAUUCGUAAUCUGGACCUGCUUCGCGUGACGGACAUCGCUGUGGUCAUUAUGCAGGUGUAUAUGUAUAGUGUUGCGUUGCUGACUCCAACGACAUGGUUGUGGCAAACGCUUUUUGUUUUCAACGCUGUGGUUUGGCGACUAUGGUAUACAGUUGGACUGGGAUUCAUUCUCGAUCGGCAAGCUCAUUCGAAGUGGUGGACUCGCCAUUUUGUCAAGUACGGCGAAAGCACUGAAGAAGCCUGGCGGCAAUGGAAAGGCAUGUACCAUAUCAGUAUGGUCAUGUGUUACACAAGCUUUAUUUGCGCGGCGUGGAAGAUGUACGGCUUACCGCCUGACUGGGAGUAUGGCACCGCUCUGUUGAGACACGUCAUCGGAUUUGGAUUGAUUGCCCUUCAGAUGUGGACGAGCAACAGUGUCUACGAGUCUCUUGGCGAGUUCGGGUGGUUCUUUGGCGACUUCUUCUUCGAUCAUGCCCCCAAACUCACCUACAGCGGCAUCUACAGAUAUCUCAACAACCCGGAGAGGACGCUCGGACUGGCUGGCGUUUGGGGCUUUGCCAUCAUCACUUGGAGCAAGUCCAUCUUUUUCCUUGCCCUGCUGAGCCAUUCGCUUAUGCUUUUAUUCAUCCAAUUCGUGGAGAAGCCUCAUAUGCAGAAGCUGUAUCAUGCAGGCCUGCGACAGCAAUCUGGUGUCUCCGAGAGUCUCCAGCGCUCUCUGCCCACGAACAUAACGAAAUGGACUGGAAGCGUCGAUAAGGUUUUCGACGACACGCUUGACUCGUUGGAAGAGUUUAUUGAAGCCUCAGGCCCGAAGCUUGCUGCAGGCUUCAACACGUUCAUCAAGGACUCGACUACGCUUUUCAAGCAAUUCCCAGCUCGUGUCAGCAUCACAAGGUUGUCGCCAGAACUUGCCGGUUAUGAUUCGAAGGAUUACUCGAUUGCCAUUGAUCCUAUACAAUCCGCUGCGAAUCAAAGCGAGGUGCAAUAUGGCAAUCGUGAGCGCGAUCCUACACAUUCCGCUGCUAAAGGUGGCGACAGCCUGGGUCGUCUUGUGGUGCCAUUCGGUACGCCGAUCCGCGCAAAAUGGACCGCGCCGUUAAAUCACAGCAAAAAGGACUGGAUUGGUCUGUACAUGGUCGGCGACAACAUAUCACGUGAAGUUACCUCAGUACGCUCUGCCGGGCGCUGGAUAGGCACCAACCCGGAUCCAUGGGAGAACAGCAAGGCUCGCGAAGGUGUCCUCGUCGUCGACCAGCGCGUAUCAGGCAGUACUCGUAAGGAUGGCGAAGUCACCGAUUUCCUCGCGGGUGAAGUCGAAUUCUCCGGAGACAAGCUUUGGUGGGCCGAGGGAACGUACGAAUUGCGUUACCAUCACGACGGUCGGUACAACGUCACAGCCAUCUCGAUUCCCUUCGAGGUCAAAGUCGCGCGCUUCGACGAGAGCAUUCCGUCGAACCUCGACGAAUACAAGGAAGGCCUCUCGCGGCCGGCAGUGGAGGAAGCCAUCUUGCCGAUGCUGCAGGACUGCUUCGAGCGCGAUCCGGACGUUGCGCCGCACACCGUGGAUGAGCAUUUUGGGUCGAUUAUCGCACGCGAUAACAAGUACGCCCGACGCGUCGUAUAUGCCGUGCGGUCCAUGUUCGGCAUCGAAUUCGCACCGGAUGUGGUGCAGGCGGAUGGGAAUGUGAGGAAUCUGGCGUGGCGGAUCUGCAAUGCUAAAAAGGUCCUGGCGCCUUAUAGUAUGACGGAAACGAACAUUCCCACAACGCCAUGAUGCGGAUGCCGCGCCGUAACGAAGCUGUAUUGGAGAGAUGAAGGAUUGGUGAUGCAGAAAGAUCGUGCAGGUAGUGGAAUUACUGCUAUUUUCCGGCCUAUCACCAUUUGAGAAGUUUCAAUUUGAACGUCUUCCGCGCUUGUGGUGCAAGCGGCGAUUGAUGAGGGAGAGAGGACUCUGCAAUUGCCAUUUUGGGCAUUCAAUGUCUGCUGUGUACAGAACACGAUAAUGUACCUACGCCGUGAUUGAAGAAAUGAAACGAGCAAAAUCGCAGACGUCUCGUAAAUGAAACACCAAAGAUGAAACCUGCCUCGGCACGGAAAUUGUGUUUUGAGUGUGAGGCGCUCGGGUGGCAUUGCCAGGACGACGUGAUCUAAGCCCUUUCUCCUCGUCAACGUAGAAUACACAGGUGCUCCGAA